AUGUCCAACCUCACCCUCGCAAACCUCGAAUACAUCUCGCGCGAAGACCUCGCUGCGCGCAUCAAAUCCACACAGACACCAAACCCCUCCAACCCCUCCAAUCCCUCCACCGCCCUGCCCCCAAACAUCGCAGUCGUCGAUGUCCGCGACUCCGACCACAUAGGCGGGCACAUCCGCGGCUCCACAUGGCUCCCCAGCGCCGAACUCGACUACAAAACCCCAGAACUGAUUCGCACGAUGAAGGAUAAGGAGGUGGUGGUCUUUCACUGCGCAUUGAGUCAGCAGAGGGGGCCGAGUGCCGCGUUGAGGUAUUUGAGGGAGAGAGAGAGGUUGAUUGAUAUGGGGGAUGUUGGGAAGAAGGAUGAGGGGGAAGGGGUGGGCAGUGGGAAGGAACAAAAGGUGCUGGUGUUGAAAGGUGGGUUUACGGAGUGGCAGGAGAAGUAUGGGGCGGAUGAGGGGUUGACAGAGGGAUGGAGGAAGGACAUUUGGGAGUGGGGGACGUAG